UUAUGCAGUGAUUUGAGUUUCUAUGGUGACGUGCCUAAAGUUCAUGAACCUUGGUCAUGUUAAACAAUCAACACAUAAUUUAUUUAAAACAAAUAGAAAGGGUCAAGUUGUUGAUCGACUGCUUACUUUUUUUUAGAACGCAUUCUUCUAACCAAUCGAUUUAAUUUUACGAAGGUAUAGUGCAAAAUUUAUUAUCCCUAAUCUGGAUCACCAUUAUGGAAAUGGAACAAAUCGAACUCUGCGUUGUUUGUGGGGACAGAGCGUCUGGACGUCAUUAUGGAGCAAUUAGCUGUGAAGGAUGUAAAGGGUUUUUCAAAAGGUCAAUAAGGAAACAACUUGGAUAUCAAUGUAGAGGAAAUAAAAAUUGUGAGGUGACCAAACAUCACAGAAACAGGUGUCAGUAUUGUAGAUUGCAGAAAUGUUUGGCCUGUGGAAUGCGAAGUGAUUCUGUUCAACAUGAACGAAAACCCAUUAUUGACAAGAAGGAAUUCAAUAACUCUUUGAGUAGUUUCAACUCAAAUCAAACAAACCCUAAAAUUUUUAUCAAGAAAGAUUUAACUUUUGAGAACCCAAAUUAUCUUCCUAGCAAUUUCAGCCCAUGUGAACUUGGAUUUCAACUUCUCCACAAAAGAAUAGCUGGUAGUACGACUAAUGACUUAGCAUUUAAUUUUUCUCCUAGUCAACCUAGUAAUGAUGAUGAGCUAUCAUCAGAUAGUACCAAUAAUGGAAAUGGGGAUUCUGGUGAUGCCCUCAUGGCAGCCAGAGAAAAACAAUUGAUUUCAAAAGCAUUAGAAUCUAUGGCCAGGUUGCAAUAUUUAGAGAAUGAUUUGUCUUCAUUACAUGAUGAUAGAUGCCAGGAGUAUGAGGGUCCGAUUUUACAAGAACAAAAUAUUGCUUUUAACUUGCAAAUACCUGGUACAGUGCCUUCCUAUCUUAAUAUUCAUUACAUAUGUGAAAGUGGUUCCAGACUUCUAUUUUUAUCUGUUCAUUGGGCGAAGAGUAUUCCAGCAUUUCAAACACUGAGUUCAGAGGUGCAGAUAUCUUUAUUGAAAAAUUGUUGGGGCGAGCUAUUUGUUCUUGGUCUAGCACAAUGUUCUCACAUGUUAUCACUUGCUACCAUAUUAUCGGCAUUGAUUAGUCAUCUCCAUGCAUCGAUUGCUCAAGACAAAAUGCCAGCGAAUAAGGUUAAACAAGUGACAGAUCAUAUUCUUAAACUUCAAGAUUAUGUCAGUGCAAUGAAUAGACUCAAUGUGAAUGAUCACGAAUAUGCCUAUUUGAAAAUUAUUAGUUUAUUUUCACCUGAUCAGCCAGAGUUGUUAUUGAGGAAACAGCUGGAGGGCUUGCAAGAAAAAGCAUGUCAAGCUUUCAAAAGUUACAUGUCUACCAGUUACCCAGAAGACAAUAAUCGGUUUGUAAGGCUGAUUUUGAGACUAUCGCCAUUAAGAGGACUUGAGCCUUCUAUACUAGAGGAGCUUUUUUUCUCAGGAUUGCUUGGACAAGUACAAAUCAACAGUGUGAUACCUUAUAUUUUGAGGAUGGGUUGUACCAGUCAAGGGAAUGGAAGUGGACAAGUGAAAUCCGAACAGAUGGAUCAACUGUGAAAAGUUCAGUCGCAAGUUUGCACUUUUAUAAAAAGUUUUUGUGUUCCACGUUUUUGAGAGAAUUUUGAUUUAUUCUUAUCGGUGGAUGGUGGAAGUUUUUAUUUAAGUUCUGUCCAGUGGUAUUUAUGUGAUUUUGUAAUCACAUAUAAAAUUUUUAUAUGUGCUAUAUAUUUUUACAAUGUCAUUAUAAAAGCUAUAUUCCAAAUCUAUUCUUCUACUUGUCAGAUAGUAAGGGAGUUAAAUAUUCUGGAUGAAAUAAGUAACCAAAGUGUGCUCGCUAUAGAUCAGAACGGUUUUCAAGUGCAAUUCCCUCUACUUAAUAUUUUUGGAUUGAAAUUUUAUACAUAUUUUAUUUAUAAGUAAUUUAUUUUUAUAUGUGAAAGUGUGAGGCUAGUUUCCUGAAUAUAUUUGAAUUCACUACACAUAA